AGCCCCAGAGACAGCCUCCACAGGCCAGGUGCAAUGCCUGUAUUAGUCUGCUAGGGCUGCCAGAACAAGUACCAUGGACUGGGGGGCUUAAAGCCAGAAAGUUAUUUUCUCACCGUUCUAGAGGCUAGAAGUCCAAGAUUAAGGUAUCAGUAGGAUUGUUUUCUUGGGACUUCUCUUGGUUUAAGAUGGGCAUCUUCUCCCUGUGUCUUCACAGAGUCUUCCCUCCCUGAGUCCUAAUCUCCUCAUUUUACAAGGACACCAGUCACAUUGGAUUAGGGCCCACCCUAAUGCCUCAUUUAACUUAUUGACCUCUUAAAACACCCUAUCUGCAAAUACAGUCUCCUUCUGAGGUACUGGGGGUUAGGACAUCAACAUAUGAAUUUGAGGGACACAACUCGAUAUAUAACAACACCCCCAGACCCAGAGCCUCACUUCUGGCUGUGGGUGAGAAUGGAAAAGUUGCACUGGAGAUCACCAAGCCACAGGGGCAGAAAUGGAACUCAGAGGGCUCUGAACACCCCACCUGUGGCCUUUCACUCCUUGCCUGGCUACUUCCGCUACUCCUGUCCCUCAGCCACAUCCUAGAAAGAGAGCCCCAGGGCACCCUGCAUUCUGCACUGGCAGUGUUGCUGCGCGGCUCUCCUACUCUCCUGAUCUCCCCUGACCCCAGGCACAGCUUCCGUUACCCCCUUCUGGGUAGAUAAACUCAUGUCACCUCUCCUGCCAACACAGAGCACAAUGCGAUGGACUCCGACCGAGCUUUCGGCCUUCUCUGUCUUGUGGAGCUUUGCUCCUGCUGGCCUCGCUGCCCCGAACUUCCCUGCUCUUCCCCAGCCUCCUGAAAGGCCGGCAGAGACCAACGCCAGUGUGGACGACUCAGCGCCCCCCUCGGUGGCCCAGCUGGCCGGGCGAUUCAGGGAGCAGGCGGCCGCUGCAAAGACACCAGCCAGUAAGCCAACAAGAAGGAAACCGCCCUGCUCCCUCUCUCUGUUCCCCCCCAGGGUAGAGCUGGGCCAGAAUGGUGAAGAGAAGUCACCGCCCAAUGCAAGCCACCCUCCUAAAGUCAAGGUGAAGAGCUCGCCUCUGAUCGAGAAGCUCCAGGCCAAUUUAGUCUUUGAUCCAGCGGCCCUGCUGCCUGGGGCCUCACCCAAGAGUCCUGGACUCAAGGCCAUGGUGUCACCAUUUCACAGCCCGCCUUCUACCCCCAGCAGCCCUGGCGUGUGGUCUCGGGCCAGCGAGCCGGAGGAGGUGCCCGUCAGCUUUGACCAGCCUCCUGAGGGCAGUCAUCUGCCCUCUUACAAUAAGGUGCGGACAAGGGGCUCCAUAAAAAGGCGCCCUCCCUCCAGGCGAUUCCGAAGGUCUCAGUCGGAGGACUGUGCGGACCUGGGGGGGCUCAGGGCCGAGGAGUCCUCCCAGGAGAAUGGGGCCAAGGAAGAGAAUGGGGACGAGGUGUUCCCAGCCAAGAGCAAGACCCCAGGAUCCCCUCCUCUGAGGAGGACGCCCAGCUGGACAGAGAAGCAGGAGGAGAAGGGCAGGGCUUUGAGGGUAGCCCAGCAGCACGAAAAGGCCGUGGGGAGCUCCGAGGAGGGGGCCAGCCAGCGUCCAGCCCGAGCCUCCAGCCCAGAGGCAGAGGACGGGGGUGGGAGCCCCACGGAGGAGAAACCGGCUGAAGGGCAGAUGGAAGAGCCUACGGAGGUGAAGGAGAGGGUGGCCAGCGAAGAGGAGGAGCCUGAACAAAGCAGCCGAGACACAGAGGGGCUGGAGGAGGGAGCUCUGGGGGAGGAGACCCCCCAAAACCCCCCUGGAGGAGGGGAGGGCGACCACAGUUCUGAGCAGGGGGCUGGCAAGGAAAAGCAAGAUGACGGGACCAUCCUCGAGCCAGGCUGUGACCCUGUCACUGACCACGCCCAGCCGGACACUAGCAGUGAGGUCUCCAAGACAGAGGAUAAUACCCCUGUCCAGGACACUAAAAUGUGAAGAAGAUCUCAUUGUGCCUAGUGAUGAAGCUGCUGGAGCCGUGUCCUUGAAGUAGCAGCAAUGAUUGUAGCGGCAGCAAAGGAAGCCAUCGCAGAAGCAGGAUGGGCUGAGGGUCUGGAGUCAGCCUGAGGACACAGGGUGCCAUUUCCCGACCUCCGCACCAUUGUAGACAGAGAUUGGAUCUGAGGGCAGCAGACUUUUAUCAACUUGAUAAAAGUUGUGUCACUUGAUGGACUUGGUUUAAAAAAAAAAAAAACUUAUUUAAAACAAUUUACUAUGGUGACAACUCCCCAGGGAUACUGGUCAAACUGUGGGGCCCAUAUACUGUCCACACCCACCUAACCCUAUAGCUGACCUCAGAACUGGACUGGGAUCUACCUAAUCAGAUUGUGUUUGUGUAAGGUGACAGCCUUUUUAUUGUUCUUAAGUUUUCAUGAUUCUCAAGUGUAAGUAAAAACUCAUUUCAAGUAGCUAGAAACAAAGUAGUAUCACUGGAAAUAUAAAUCCUGUAAGUUACAGAAGACCUUAAAUUGUAUGGAGACCCUGAGACAACCUUUCAGCUUGGUCCAGAUUUGACUGGCCAACCAAUUUUGAAAACAUUGGCCGAGAAGAGAUAAUUAUUGAAACAUUGAAAAAUAUGUGUCUGUUCCAGCAACAGGAGCUUCUCCAUCAGGUAAUUCUCUAGCUGGUGAUACACUGGGAGGCGACCAGCUCGGCUCACCUGCUUCUGCCAGAGGGAGAGCAGGCAGAGGCAGGAUGUCUCUGUGCUGCAUUUCCUCAUCCUGUAAGCAGAGCAGUGACACCUGGACAAUGCCUGCCCUCUGGUUAGGAUGAAGUUUGUGCUUCCAGAGGGGGAGCCUCGAGCACAGAUUAGAUAUCUCCUGGGAAGUGCUUUGAGCAUCGUGAUGUGCAAGCUACAUAAUGAGAACAUCCUUCCUGGCUUCCCUGACUUGAAUGGAAACCCAGGCUCCCCUCCCCGACUCAGGAGGGGUGGGGCGGGUCUUCUGUCUGUUCCUCCUGGGUAGCUCUUGCUUCAUCGGUCUGUUCAGAGAGUGCAUGAGGCUUCGCCGGGGACAGGGGGCCUGAUACGCCUUCCUUGACAUAUCCUCUCCCCUCUUCCCACACUCCUGCUGAAAGAUGCUCGUCCAAAUAAAUGUUUAAUCUUAAGGGUUGGCCCUUAUUCAGAUUUGAGUAUUUCAGUAUCUCAACAUGCUGACUUGGUAGCUGGAGCAGUCAUUUUUCUGGAGGUCUCUUAGACCACACUCUACUCUGACCACAGAAAGUAGUUUCCCAGACUUAAAAGGCCUUAUCUCACUGCUGGUACCUCAGUUUAUCACCCCAUUUACAGUUUUUCUAAAUUUACAGUUUUUCUAACUCCAGGAUAGUGUUAAUAUUUGGGAUAUAUAUUUUUUCAAAAACUAUUUUUAAAUCAAAUGCAACUUCUAAACCUUGUAAUCUAGUGAAGACUGAUACCAUAAUAAGCUUUGUAUUUUAGCAGAGUUUGGGAGAUAUGUGUGUCAGUUAUUUUGAGAUCUGUAUAAUAUCUAUCAUCUAUCUAACCUAUCAUCUAUCUGUCAUUGACAGAGAAGUAUACCCCCUAAACAAUACAUGGAUUUAUUUAUAUAUGUCUUUGGGCUGUUUAUAUAUUCGUGCACAUAUCUGGGCAAGAGUUUUGAGAACGUGAGCAUGACUGUGCAAUGAAAAGGGGAAAUCUGCCACUUCUCUUACUAGAAAAAGGAACGGGACAGAUGGGAUGUAGAUGUAAAAAUAAAACUCUAUUUUUCUUCUGGAGGGUCCGUACCUUACAGUAGCAGAUGAAGAAGGAGCAAUAAAAAAUAAGAAUGUGACACUGAAGGAGCAUGUAUGACGGUGUCCAAAAAUCUCCCCAGUUCCCUAUUAGUCACAUUAUUUGAUCUAUUUUGUGAGAAAACAAAGGCCCCACCACAGGCAUUGUUAUUAGUGAUGGGGUUCUUGGCGGGGAAUUCGUGAAGCAAAGGCAGGACCUGUUCCCUGUGGGCGCUGCAACCUGGCAACUUGUUUAAUGCUCUCCUUUCUCGAAGUGACCAUGAUUCAGUGUUGCAACACCAUGGUUGAGACUGGGAUUUCA